GCAAGCGGAGACGAAAGAACAAAUCAAAGUGGCGGACCCGAACGGUUUAUGACAAGGUUGAAGCAGCGAAGUAUUGCCGAUGAGAUACAGUUGGAGAACGUGAUUGGUAGAGGGAAGUAUGGACACAUUUUUUUGGGAUACUGGCGUAAUGAAAAAGUAGCUGUUAAAGUAUUUCGCGAAGAAGAGAAAGCAUCUUGGGAGUACGAGGCAGAUGUCUAUAAAACCGUACUGCUGCCUCAUGAAAACAUUUUAGGUUAUAUAGCUUCAGACAUCAGUUGUAGUCAAAUGUUCUUAAUAACCGAAUACUAUGAGAACGGCAGCUUGUACGAUUUGCUUUCAAACGAUAUUAUCGAGACAGAUCAGUUGCAAUUGUUAGCACUCUCCUUAAUGUUGGGCUUGUCCCAUUUACACAAAGAGAUUGUUGGUAAUCCUGGCAAACCGGGUAUAGCUCAUCGUAACAUAAAGAGUAAAAAUAUUUUAGUAAAAAAUAAUACUCAAUGCUGUUUAUCUGACUUUGGUCUCGCUGUUAAAUAUCAUUCCAACGAGAGCGGUAUACAAGCGAAAGGUGAUAUGCAAGUAGGCACAGCACGGUAUAUGGCUCCUGAAAUUUUGAAUAAGGCACUAAAUCAAGAGAUAUUCGAAGAGUACAAACAAGCCGAUAUGUACGCCGUUAGCUUAGUUUUAUGGGAAAUGGCACAUCGCUGUCGUAUCCUUAAUACGGAUACAAAAGCAAUAAUUUUUAAUGAUUAUGCUUUACCUUAUUACGACGAAGUGCCUGAAGAUCCAAGCAUUGAUGUUAUGCGGAUCGCAGUUUGUGACCAAGGUUUGCGUCCCAUCAUAUCUGCAUCGUGGCAAGAAAAUAAUAUUUUAUCGACUCUAAGUAAAGUUAUGGAAGAAUGUUGGAAACCGAAUCCAGCGGCUCGUCUUACUGCUUUGCGUGCUAAAAAGACUAUCCAACGUUUAGAUGGCGAUUUAACCGAUCCUUCAAUGGAAAUAGUAUAG